AAAUCAAACACCGAACCUAGCCAUAGACUCCACUCUACCACCAUAUAUUAUUAUUUAUUUAAUGACUUAUUCAGAGAGCGUAAAAGUGACCCGUAAAGAAGUUGAAUAUUAAGUGACGGAGGACUCUGCUGGCGGUAGAAACGCUUCAGGAGAAGAUCUCCUCCACAUGAUCAUCUGAAACACUUCUCGGUGAUUAUUUAAGGGAUGUCCAAGCCCAAGCUGGUGGUGUUCGACCUCGACUUUACUCUGUGGCCCUUCUGGGUGGACACACACGUCGACCCGCCCUUCCACCAAGACAAGAAUGGGGUGGUCUGGGACUCCAGUGACGAGAGAAUCUCCCUCUAUGACGACACGGAGCCGGUCCUGAAGUCCGUCCACAGCCAGGGCAUGCAGAUCGCCAUCGCCUCCCGAACUGGAGAGGUACACGGGGCGAACCAGCUCCUCACGUUCUUCCAUCUCAACCAGUACAUCUCCCAGUUCAAGGAGAUCUACCCCGGCUCCAAACUCACGCACUUCAAAAAGCUCCAUGACGACAGCCAGGUGGAGUACGCAGACAUGAUGUUCUUCGACGACGAGCCCAGGAACAUCUCGGAGGUCGGAGGCCUAGGGGUCCACUGUGUGCUGGUGAGGGACGGAGUCACCCUGAAGAUAGUGGACGAAGAACUGCAGAAGUUCUCCUCGAGGAGACAGCCCUCAUAGAGCCGUGUGUGUGUGUACUACAUGUUUACACACACACAGCCCUCAUAGAGCUGUGUGUGUGUGUGUGUGUGUGUGUGUGUGUGUGUGUGUGUGUGUGUGUGUGUGUGUGUGUGUGUGUGUGUGUGUGUGUGUGUGUGUGUGUGUGUGUGUGUGUGUGUGUGUGUGUGUGUGUGUUGACUAAAUGUGUACGCACAGACAGACAUAGAGAUGCUGUCUGUGUGCGUGUACUACAUAUGUCGGUACACACAUACUAAGACAGCCCUCAUAGAGCUGUGUGUCUGUGUGUACUGCUUGUGUACACACUGAAAGCCCUUGUAGAGUUGCUAUGUGCGUGUGCAUUCGGAAGCAUCUUUUUUUUAUGAUAAAACUGUAGUAGCCUUAAUAAGAAGUUUAUCUGUCCCAUUCAUUCAUUCAAAGCCAUAGGCUGUCUGGCUGUGUGGUUGUAAUUCGCAUUCUCUGCAUGUAGAGGGCGCUGCCGUCCCGUCUAUCCUGUGGUAUUAUUGACACCAACGUGCUGCUCUGUGCGAUAGUCGGAGAUCAAUAAACAGCUGUGUCAUUUCAUUUUUAA